AUGCCGAAAGUGUCGAAAGAUGCAUCCCUCCUUGACUUGAUUUACGAGCGAAAGCUGCUCGCGCUGCAGGUGUCCAAGCUUCAGGAAAGGUCUCAGGGCCUGACUACAGCGGGACGCAUCCCCAAUGCACUUGGCGUACCUGGUCAGGUGGUUCCGGCGGGUCCUUCGUUGGGAAGCUACGGACAUCCCAACAUUUGCCGCCGGCCAUGCAUUUUCAUGGUGCGAGGUGCAUGUGAGAAGGGUGCAGAGUGCGGCUUCUGCCAUGUGACUCACGAAGUGCGGUUUCCUUCCUUUGACAGACAUCAAAGAGAGUUCUUGAAGCACCUACCGCCUUUGGCCUUCAUGGACUUGAUUCUGCCAUAUGUGCGCGAGAAGGUGGAGGGCAGCGCGCUUCCCGGAGCUGAUCAAGUGCUUCAGCUACUGGAGAGUGAAACCGUCGUCCGAGCAUCCGGGGAGAACGCACUCCAAAGGAUUCCGCGCAGGGUUCGAUAUGUGUUGGAGCGGAUGAGUUUGGCCAAUUUGGUCAGCUUGAUUUGCUCGACCAUGUCUGGCCGCUUUCCAAAGCUCAUUGUCAAUGAGCUGAAGGACUUGCGCGAAACCGCCCGGAUUUUGCAGGCGUGA